AUGUCUUCGUCAAAAAAAAGUAUCAAAGGGAACAAAAUCCAAUUAUCUACUUUUAUGAAAUGGGGUAUUGAUGAUAUUAUCGGACAUAAAACUUUAGAAGAAAACGGAAAUAGAUUUGUUAACUUCGUUUGGUGCAAACUUUGUGCGAAAAACAAGCCUGCUAUUCUUCAGCAUCCGAAUAGCAAGGGACCAGUGAAGGAAGCUGUCCUGACAUAUAUUGAUGGGACAAGUUUCGUAACAAAACACUCUGUUACGCGACAUAUUUCCGGCGAAGGUCAUUCUCUCGCACUAUCGUGUGAGAAAAGUAAACCAAAGGAAGAUCGAUUACCAUCAAUCACAUGUGUUAAGACGGGAGCUAGCGUUGACAAGAUCCAAACGACUAUUGAAUCAGCAAACGCAAAAUCCGCGGCUGAGGCAUAUACGAAGCUUAUCAAAUGUGCGUAUCACAUGGCGAUGGAACCGACAAUGCCACACAAACACUUUGGUGUUUUGGUUAAAUGCUGCAAGGAGAAUGGUGUGCGACUCAUAGAGAGGAAAGAAGACGGUCGUUCUGGACGUGAGUUUGUUCAUUGCAUAGCUGAAGCUGUCAGGGAAAAAUGUGCAGUUGUACUUGCAAGUGGUUAUUUUAUGUCGAUUUUAUCAGAUGGUAGCCAAGCCAGAAAAACUGGAAGGGAAAAAGAACUUGUUUUAGUGAGAACUGAGAGGAGUGGUGUUCCAGUUUACGUGGUUGCAAGUUUGCUGGAAGUGGCUAGGUUCGGUGGGGGUGAUGCUUGUUCGAUUGUUGCCGGUAUUGAAAGUAUUUUCCGUGACGACAAUAGUGCGCUUUUGAUGGACCAAGAGAGCUUCACUAAAAAGGUUGUCAGUUGUACGGCGGACGGAGCCAGUGUUAACUUUGGUAAAUACAAGGGUGUUUUGACGCAGAUGAAGGAUCAGGGGCGGCCAUGGAUGUUGAUGAUUCACUGUGCAAACCACCGCAUAGAACUCGCAGUUAAGGAAGCAUUCAAUAUAAACAAGCUGAACGAGGUUGAUCAGUUCUACACAACAAAUUUUUAUCUCUUGCGAAAUAGUGGCAAACUAAAAUCUGAAGUUGCAGAAUGUGCAAAGGCGUUAGGUAUCACAUACUAUAACAUAUCGAAGAUCACAGGAACAAGGUUUGUUGGGCAUCGUAGGCGGGGAUUUCAGAAUAUCCUUGAAUCAUGGCCAGCGUACAUAACAGCAUACGAAAAUUACAUCGCGGACGAUAAAGGGAGUAAUGCUACUACGAAAGCGAAAGUUUCAGGCCUUCUUAAAAAGUUCAAAUCCUAUGAAUUUUUGUUGACUAUAGCAACUUACCUCGAUAUGCUUGAAAUGGUUGUUCCUGUCUCAAAAAUAUUUGAAUCGAAUGAUCUUUUACCUUACUCAGUCAAUUCGAUUAUCGACCAAACAACUUCUGAACUGAAUGAAAACAUUGACGAAAUUGGGGGUGAUUUGGAGUUUUUGGACAGUUAUGUUGGACGUUACAGUGUUAGUACCAAAGCGGGUGAUCAGAAUUGGUUGAGUGGAGCAUUAGAGGGUCAAUUCAUUAAAGCUGGCGAAAAGCGGAAAAAAGAUAAAACCUUCGUCACUGUAAAAUUCCAAACUAAUAAAAUCAAUCAAGACCAUGCCAUUGAUGUUGUUCGAGCUCUGAAAAAAAAGUUGUGCGAGUCACUGAUUAAAGUUCUCAAGGAGCGCUUUUGUGAUUAUAAGAGGGACAAGGAAUUGUAUACAUCAAUGAGAUUCAUCGACAUGGAAUAUUGGGAAUCUGAUAGAGAUUACGGUAAUCGGGAAAUAAUUCUUCUACAUAAUCAUUUCGCCAAGCCCCUCGUGUAUGCAGGAUUCGACUUGAACCGAUCAUUGGUCGAAUGGAAAAAGUUCAAAAUACACGCAGCGACUCACUACAAUAAAAUGGCAGUACGCGACAUGUGGAAGUCGGUGUUGACAUACAAAAGAGAAUCAUUUCCCAACGUGAGCCUUCUCGUCUCUUUGAUUCUCAGCAUAUCCGGAUCAAACUCCAGUGUGGAACGUUGAAUACGUCAGAACCAAACCGUAUCGAUAAUAUAACUGAUGAUGAUCGCUCAGAUGAUGAUAGUUGUUCAAGUGACGAGAGCUGGGACAGCGAGGACGAUCUCUAUUUGUAAAACUAUAAUGAAACACUUUCUAUAAAUAGUUAUCUUCAAAUAUAUAUACGAACCUAAAAAAAAAAAUAGAAUUUUGUUAUAUUAAU